CGACUAGCUGGGCGACAAUUUAAGAUGGCAUAUGACGCCCUGUUCGUCCCUGACGCAGCCACGCUAAAGCUCAACUACCAAAAGCUGUACUCACCCUUUGAGCUGUUUCUAUAGUAAGAAGUUCCAAGCUUGUCAUCACUUGAUCUUUCUCGGAAAAGCUUCACGAACGCGCCAUGGCCCCAGUUGCAGUCAUUACAGGCGGAGCCUCUGGCAUGGGCCUUGCGGUCGCACAAUCGCUAGCAAAGAAAGGCUGGCAUGUUCAUAUUGCGGAUCUGAAUGAGUCGGCGGCGCAGAAGACUGCGACCGAGCUGUCCGGCUCAUACACUCGCACGGAUGUUAGCAGCUAUGAAUCACUGCACUUCAUGUUCGACACGGUAUUUCAGGAGAAGGGCGGGAUCAACUUCGUUUUCGCAAAUGCUGGAAUCGGCGAAAAGCAGGACUUCUACGCUAGCACAACAGAGCAAGUGAUCUCGUCGAAGCCCCCAGAGCUGGAUAGGAACAUUGAUAUUAAUCUGAAGUCUACGAUUAAUACAGCCUACCUUGCUCAGCAUUACAUGCGAAAGAACAAAGAGAAGGGAAAGGCAUGUCUGGUUUUUAAUGCAAGCAUCGCGGGCAUCUAUCCGGUACGAUUCUGCCCUGUCUACACCGCCGCGAAGCAUGGUGUAGUCGGGUUUGCUCGUGCGAUCUCAGAAUAUUUCUACAGAGAGGACAGUAUCAGAGUCAAUGCUUUAUGUCCUGGGAACGUCAGGACAAACUUGUUCAAACCAGAGGAGUGGGAUGCUUUCAAAAUGGAGUUUAUUGAAUUAUCACAAAUCGUAAGCAUCGUAGAGAUGUUUCUUUUUGAUGAGAGCAUGCAUGGCAAGAUUGUAGAAGUGGCACCAAGAGAUCACUACUUCCACAACGCUCCGUCAUACACCAACGAGAACGUCAGAAUUACACUUGCUGAGCCGACAUUCAAGAGCAUGGGCAAAUAG